AAGUAAUCAGACGAACGGCGAACGGAGAUCAGCGAGCGGGAGGCCUCAACGACAUCAGGGCUCCGGCUCUGAUUCCGUCGAGUCCUGCAACCACAGCCGCCCGAUCACGCGGGUCAACCCCCCAACGAACGGCGCGCCGAACUCCGCCGAUUUUUAUCUCCUGCGCACCAACCCACUGACUGCUGUGUCCUCUCGUCAAUGGCGAUCUUUUAGUUCACUUUCAGAAAUCGCGGUGGCUUCCUUGGUUUCCUGCGAGGGUUAGUUAGCGGAGUGACAAAUGAAUUCGUUGACAGCAAAACCCUCCUUCGUGCUUUUCUCCUACGCAUCGUCGUCGUCCUCUUCGUCGUCUUCGUCUUCUUCUUCCGCUUCUUUUGCGUACGAGCCUCGUUUCUUCGCUCCGAUUAGCACUGCUAGGAAGGAGCGUAACGGUUGCGGUAGCAACCGAAGGAGACCUUUCUUGAGAAUUGCCGCUUACGGUUCUUCCAAGAGCGAUAACUCCAAUGCCGCCAACAACGGCGACUCUAAAGCACCUAACGGCACUCUGUCAAAAAGCAGGAAAGAUCUUCUUCUGGAGUAUGUCAAGAAUGUGCAACCGGAAUUCAUGGAGCUGUUUGUCAAAAGGGCUCCGCAGCAGGUAGUUGAUGCUAUGAGACAAACCGUCACAAAUAUGAUCGGCACGCUACCUCCGCAAUUUUUCACAGUGACGGUGACUACUGUUGCUGAAAAUCUUGCACAGCUCAUGUACAGCGUUCUGAUGACUGGAUACAUGUUUAGGAACGCACAGUACCGCCUAGAAUUACAACAGAGCUUGGAUCAGGUUGCUCUCCCCGAAAAGCCAGAUAAAAAGGAUGCUCCGGAUUAUGCACCGGGUACACAAAAAAAGGUGUCAGGCGAGGUGAUCAGGUGGAAUGAUGUGUCUGGCCCCGAGAAAAUUGAUGCUGUGAAAUAUAUUGAGUUACUUGAAGCAGAAAUUGAAGAAUUGAAUCAACAAAUAGGUGGAACAACCAAUGGACAAAAUGAAUUGUUGGAAUUUCUCAAAACUCUCGAACCACAGAAUAUUAAGGAGUUGACCAAUACUGCGGGUGAAGACGCUAUCCUUGCUAUGAACACCUUUAUAAAGCGCCUUCUUGCUGUCUCUGAUCCUGGUGAAAUGAAGACAACAGUGAAGGAGACAAGUGCACCUGAACUUGCCAAGCUUCUAUACUGGCUAAUGGUUGUGGGCUAUAGCAUACGGAAUAUCGAGGUUCGUUUUGAUAUGGAAAGAGUACUAGGAACUUCUCCCAAGCUCGCAGAGUUGCCUCCUGGCGAGAACAUCUAAAGCUCAUCCAAACCAUAAAUUGCAAGGUUUCCAAGGAGCUGGAAGUCAUACUAUUUUCCCGCGCUAUCAUGCGAAGUUUCUGCUUCCUGGGCGGAGAGCUUUUCUCUGCAUCGAGAAAGCUGUCUCGAGCUUAAAGAAAACAUAAUGUCGAUGCAUCUAACUGCUAACAGUGCAAUAGGCUCACUUGCAAGGCUUUAUCGGUAUGUUCAAUAAGAUUAUGAAAAAUUACGGCAUUCAUGGUUAUAUAUCGACUUUUCUUUAUCAAACGAAGCAUCCUCUGUCGCGUUA